AUGAGUUUAAAUUUAUCUAAGGAUGAAUUAAAUUCUGUCAGGAAUUGUUGGAGUAACGUUCAAACAAACAAUAAAUAUCACAAAGAUCAAUUCAUUACCAGAUUAUUUUCCAACUUAUUGGUUUCAAACAUACAAUUAAAACAAGUUUUGAAUAAUGAUUUAAUCAUUAGAGAGCAUUCGAUGUUUUUCAAUGAUAUUUUAAAUUAUUUAGUCAUUUACUUAGACAAUGUUGAAAGAUUGAAUGAAUUCUUGAAUAGCUUCUUCAAGGAAAAUCAAGAUAUUGUUGAAGAGAUAAGCUAUUUAGAACCUAUGGGUACUGCUUUGAUUCAAACUUUCAGACAAUGGUUGGGAAGAGGAUUGUUUAAUGAAUCUCAAGAAAUCUUAUGGGUUCAGAUUUAUAUUCACUUGGCUAAUAAUAUUUUGUUGUUCAAAGAUGAACCAUCAGAUUUUGCUUCAGAUGCUUCCUCGAUUGAAGAAGAUGUUGAAGAUGUUCCUGCUUUACAAAUCAACAAAAACCCAUCUGUUGAAUCCUUCAAAUAUUCCAAAUCUUCAAGUCCAAUGACUCCAGUAUCACCAAUUGUUGAAGAGCAAAUUGAUGAACUUCAAGAAUAUGUUGGCGAAAGACCAAUCGAUUUGAGUAAGCAACCAUCAAUUCAAAUCAAUAUCAAAUCAAAUGAAAAGUACAAAGGUUUCAGAAGAAACGAUUCGAACAUAAUAGACAUCAAAGCUCCUAUUAUGAAACCAAUGGAAUCAAGUCCUGAACCUGUCAUCACUCCAAGAUCACCUAAAAGGAACUCGAGUUCCCAAGUCAAUUUGGUCUUAGAGAAACCCCAAGAAAAGGAACCGGAAGUGAGAUCAAUAUCUCCAAGAUUGAGUAAAUUCAAUAACAUUCAGCCAAAAAUGGUAUAUGAUUCUGACGAAGAGGAAAACAUCAAAUCUGGAUUUGACCCAAGAAUCAAAAGAAAAUCUAGAGAUUAUAAACCUCCUUUACCUCCAAAAGAUUUUGUUCAAUUACCAAAACAACCACAAUCUUCUUUUGUUGAAGACUUCAACAUUGAUUCAAAACCAACGGAAUUGGAUUUAACAUUGGGUGCUAUUGUCGAAAGUGAUGAUGACAUUGAUGUUGAUGACUUGCCAAAUGACAACAGCUCAUCGAUAUAUCAUAGUGAUAACAGUGACCCAUCAAGUCACGACAAUUCAUUAUCAUUACAUUCUUACCAUUCAAGGGGAAGUGAUGGUACUGAAGGCACAGAAGCAACUGAACCAAUGUCAUUAAAUUUGAAUAAAAAUGAAUUAAGAUCCAUGUCUUCCAAUGAAUUCAAAUCUGAUGUUGAAAAUAACAGUAGGGUAUUCUCUAACAAAUACAACUCCAGAACCACUUCCAUCAGUUCAAUUGAACCAGAUUUCAAAUUACAAAAAUCUAUUGAAUCAAGACAAAGAGCUUCAUUAGGUUUCAUGAGAUCGAGUUUCAUUUUGAAGAAAGAAAUUGAAACUUUAGGUUAUAACAGACCUGAAAAUGUAUUUGUUAAACCACCAACGAUUCCAGCUGCUACCCAAUCAAUGAGUAAUUUACCACUCAAUUCUAACAAGAACUUAUCAAAUUCAACUUUGAAAAGGGAUUCGUCUGAUGAGGAACAAGAUCAAAGCUAUGAUAUGAUCAAUUCUUUCAUGCCAAUCACAGAUGUUUCAAAAGAAAAAUACAAAAAAUUCACCUCAAGUUGUUCCAACUUAUCAAGCUACAAAUCGCCAUCAAUGAAAAGACAUACUAGAUCUGUUUCUAAUUUAUCAAUUGCCAGACACAAUAAAUACGAACCAAUGGAGGUUGCUGAAGUUACUUCUUCAUUAAGACCUUCCAAUAAGAGUAUUGGAAGAAUUAAGACCAAGAGAUCUUUCAGAGAUAAAGUUAAAUCAUUCUUUGGUGGCUCUUCAGCUCCAGUUGAAAAGAAGAUUUCAGCUCCAGUAAGCACAACCUUCUCCACGAACGCUUCAGUUCCAAUCGAUAAGGUUAAUAGAAUGGCUUCAAAAUCUACCAUCAAUGUUUCAACUGUCGAUAGUACUAGAGAAUCAUUGGAUAGAUCAACCAAUUUACAUAACUUUGAUAGAUAUGAUAAAUUUGAUAAAAGAAUGAGUAAAAUGUCAAGUGUUAGUGAUUUGAGAUCAAUUAAUACCAUGGAUACCACCGAAUCAACUUCGGGAUUUUCAUUCUUUUCAAGAAGAAAAUCCAUCGAUUCAAAAUACACAACUAGAGGAGACAGAUCAAAAAAGAACAAAUACAAUGUUACUUCUGUCCCAUAUGAUGUGUUCUCUAAAAACAAAUUAGUUUUUAGUAGUUAG